GAGUAGUGUGCAGCCAAAAUUCAACUACAACACAACAACUCAGGCUCAGUCUGUUGCUAUCUGCCGAGGCGUGUGAACGUACUCGAAACUUGCUAGCUUCCAACGCUCUCAGAGUUAGUUCCAUCCCAGAUCCCGGUUUCGAAAUAUCAGCCAUCAUCACGUUGAACGAAGAUCGUCGUCCGAACGCCUUGGACACGUUAGUAGACAACCUAAGGCCACUGGUAAGCGAAAUGCACAUACAACAUCCCGGUUCGCCCAAUUCGUCCCAGUCGGAGGACGACGCGGCCACUAAAAUCCAGGCCGGAUUUCGCGGCUACCGUGUGCGCAAGCAGAUACGCCAGAAUAAAACCAGCACGGGAGGAACUGCUUCGAACUCUGGAAUGGGGCAGCAACGAUCAGUUGGUAAAAAGAAUGGCUCCAGUCUGGAGGACAAUUCUGCUGCGAAAAUUCAAGCCGGAGUGAGGGGAUUUCUGGUGCGUAAGCGUCAGAAAGUAGCUACCGAAGCAGCGACCAAGAUUCAGGCUAGCUUCCGAGGCUUCAAGACUCGAAAGGACCUGAAGACGACCAAGAAGGAGAAGUAAGCUGCCGUCGUAAAUUCCAUACAAUUAUGCCACUGAAAUGAUCAGUGAUUGAUUACCGAGAGAUGAGUGGAGACCUAUCUUUAUUCUAGCUAACUAGUGGGGCGUGUGAAAGCAUUGUGUAAAACUUAGACAAUAACUCCAUCGGAAAGUGGUAGGGGAGGUGCCCAGCAAGAGACUCCGCAUUCUUGCGAUGCUGGAGGCGGUCAUGCAUGCUCUUCUUGAUGGAAAACAGUAAACCAAAACGCAGACAAACGCGUGUGUAUAAUAUAGUAAAAGUGUGGUGAGCCUAGCGCGCACUUGGAGAGGACGACGUUCGAAAUUUUGGAUUCAUGAAUCACACUACCGAGCGCUCUUUAAGCCACAGGAAAGAUUCAGAAGAGAAGGAAAAAAAAAACAAAUAAAGCAAGUGCUUCCAAUGUUUAUAGGUUUCUUCAAGUAUGUAGUGUGUUCUUCCAUUCAUAGCUGCGUAAAUUCCGAACCGCAAAAGUGUUGAACGCUUUUCGAGUAAAAAAUUACCAAAGUAGACGGCAAUUUACCUGAUUUUUAACUGCUUCUGUUUAUUUGAGAAUAUUAAACAAGCCGCCCAAAGGCGGCUAAUCAAAGCAAACUGGUUUGCUUUUGCACCUGCAUUCUAAAUAUCGCAGAGCGUAGAGAAAAUCAUAUUUUCAGCUAUACAAACAUCUACAUAGGUUCCUGGUUAGUUCUUGACGGUGCACGAACACCAACUUCACCCACAUAAUGUGUGCCCUUGAGAAAAACAUGCACGUACGCACAUCUCUAGGGGUCUGCAGAGAAAAUCGGAGAGGAACAGUAUGAAAACAAAUCGAACGAACAUCGGAGAUUGAGCCGGCUAAGUUGUGCGUAAGAGUUCUGUUUGGUGCCAAAUCGAAGUGGAAGUAACCUAUAAACCUGGAACAACGGAAAGUGUUUUCUACUAACUAUGAUGCCUGUGUAUAUUUAACCUGUAAAUGAAUGAACUUAGUAGCCUUUUUGCUAUGCAACAAGAAAGCAAUAUUUUUAAGCAAAUGUAACGUAUUUUUACAAGUAUUUACCAUAAAUAAGUAAGAGUGAAGUAAUUGUUAGUUCCAAUAAAUACUGUAGAUUUUAGUAAAGAUAA